UGAAUUGAGUAGGAUAAAGGUUGAAACUAACGCGUAUUUAUAGCUUUAUAUACAUAUAUAUAUUCCCAAUUCUCAAAACCUUGUACCAUAUAUAUUUGGUCAAACUCUGAGAUUAAAAUCUGUGGAUAGCAAUAUGGCUGUAGAAAGCAGUCACCAUGCAGCAGCUGAUGAGUCAAUACUAGAGAAUGUAUGGGCCAACUUCAUUGGUGGGGAAGAAGGUGAUAAAGCAAGGAAACCAUCGUUCGGCUCCUGGGAAGAACUGCCUAGCCUGGAUGGUAGAGACGGGUCUAUGGAGAUUUUACAAAGGCUACCAAGUCUUGGGAGAUGGAUAUCAAUGGGAGCUGACGCCUGGGAGGAUCUUCUCCAUGGAAUUAUUCCUCCAGGGAAUAUACCUCAAUCCUGUAAUAAUGUUACAGCCAAUGAUAUUAUAAGCACGCGAGGGCAUAAAGCGAAUUCCAUGAGAUUAGAGAAACUGGCAACAAGACACUACCGGGGAGUCAGGAGGAGGCCUUGGGGCAAGUAUGCAGCAGAGAUAAGGGACUCGUCAAGGAAAGGAGCUCGAUUAUGGCUUGGGACGUUCGACACAGCCGAGGAAGCAGCUAUGGCUUACGACAAGGCUGCCUUGAGAAUUAGAUGCCCCAGAGCAAAUCUUAACUUCCCGCUUCACACAGUUGCUAAGGCUAUGGGGAUCGACGAUACGAAAACUAACUUCAACCGUUGUUUGUCUGCAACUAAUGGUCAAGGCACCAAGGAUUUCACAGAUCACCGGAAAAGAGAGUGUAGAGCUUGGGAGCAAAACAGUGAGGUUGUGAUGGUUGAACAGCCUCAACUAAAGAGAAUGGCUAGCAUUGAAGAGUGUGGAUAUGAUGUAUUUUGGUUUCAGGAUUUGGGGAGUGAUUAUUUGGAGAGUUUGUUGUCUUCAUUUUGACAGAGAAUCUAAAGGGAUACAAGAUCUGAAAGAUUAUUGCUGUACAUUGAGACUGGUUGAUUCAUAGGCACAGUACUAGUUUAAUUGUAUGCAGUCGGUUGUUUGUUGGCAGGAUUACAUGUAUAAGUCUAAGUUUUUAUCAAUAGAAAUAUUUAUUAAACUUUAUAAAA